AGAGAGAGAGAGGAUGAGUGGAGAAACUAAGGUUGUGUGUGUAACAGGAGCCUCCGGUUACAUAGCAUCGUGGCUAGUGAAGCUCUUAUUACAACAAGGUUAUACUGUCAAAGCCACCGUUCGUGACCCAAAUGAUGCAAAGAAAACAGAACACUUGCUUUCACUUGAUGGAGCUAAGGAAAGGCUUCAUCUGUUCAAAGCAGAUUUAUUAGAAGAAGGAUCUUUUGACCCUGUCGUUGAUGGAUGCGAAGGUGUUUUUCAUACAGCAUCCCCUGUCCUAUUGUCAUCUACUAAUCCGCAGGCAGAACUAAUUGACCCUGCAGUAAAGGGAACACAUAAUGUUCUGAAAUCAUGUGCAAAAUUUCCGACUGUCAAGAGAGUGGUUUUAACUUCUUCUAUGGCUGCAGUAAUAUUGACCGGAAAACCUCUGACCUCAGAUGUGGUAGUUGAUGAAACAUGGUUUUCGGAUCCACUUUUUUGUGAGAAGAAUAAGCUAUGGUAUAUUCUUUCAAAAACUAUAGCUGAGGAUGCUGCUUGGAAAUUCGCCAAGGAAAAUGGGAUUGAUCUGGUUUCAAUAAAUCCAGGGUUUGUGAUUGGUCCGUUGUUACAGCCGACUCUCAAUCUCUCUGUGCAAGUGAUUCAGAGUCUCCUAACUGGCAAGGCAUUGCCCGCUUCAAAUUACAGAUUCGUUGAUGUUAGAGAUGUUGCCUCUGCGCAUAUUCAAGCCUUUGAAGUUCCUUCAGCCAGUGGAAGGUAUUGUUUGGUCAACCAUGUUGCACACAUUUCCGAGGUUCUGAAGAUUAUAAGACAAUUUUAUCCCACUUUGUACAUUCCGGAAAGAUAUGAGGAUGACAAUAAUCCUCAUCGUAUUCUUCUUUCUGACCCAAGUUAUCAAGUAUCCAACGAGAAGGCAAAAGGUUUAGGAAUUAACUUCUUUCCUUUUGAAGUAACGGUCAAAGACACUGUUGGAAGCCUGAAGGAGAAGGGCUUCCUCAAUUAGGUAGCUGAAUUUAAACGUACACAUUGGUCAGAUGUUGGCAGUUGAAGUCUUUUCUCUGAUAAACUCCAAAGAGCAUAGUGAAGAUGCAUGUCCAGGAUUCCUUAAAAUAUAUAACUCAGUCAGAUACUCGGAUUCGGAGUUGUCUAGGCAAAUGCUCAGUUGCUUUCAGCUCAUUUAAGUGCUCAUUAAUUAGAAGCAUAUUUGUAGAAUUAAUUAAAAGGAGAAUCAGUAAAUCUUGACUUCAGCUGCUCGUAUGGAUUGGAGAAUCAGUACCUCUUGAGUUCUUAGGUUGUCUGUUGUCUUGCUCUUUUGGUUUCUAUAUACUUGUUGCCUUUGUUCUGGAUUGUAAGCCUUCCGUAGGCGUUGCCGUUGUUCUUUCUUCUCUGUAUGUUUAUUCGAGUGUGUAAAACUUGAAACCUUGCUAUAGCAUUAAUAAGUAAGUGUUUGGGCUAGGG